CGGAGCAGAGCGCGGGAGGAGGCGGGGGAGGAGAGGCCCCCGGACCGCGAGCGGCAGCUGGGGAGGGGGCCGCGGAGCCGGAGCGCGAGAAACAGCUGAUCCGGUUUUCCUUAAAGCCAGAGAAAAUGGAAGUCGGGUAGCAGCUACUGCGGCGCUGCGGGCUGACUGAGCGGAGCGGCGCGGCAGCAGGUGGAGGCCAGACUGAAGUUUCCCAGGCAGAGAGAAUAAAGCCCAGUGGCAAUAUGGGACUUAUUGGAUUGACAUGACUUCAGUUACCCUCCUAGGAUGCUGCCUGAAUUUGUGUCCAUGCAAUGUAGAUACAUCAUGUAUCUUUCAUACUCCUGGGUCAGAUGUAGUUCUCAGGGGCUGUGGUCUCACGCCAUCCACUGGGGCAACAAUGGGCCAUUUCCAGCUGAGACAGUGCCGCGUUGCCCCGGGUGCCUGACUGCCACCCACCUCCAGUGAAUUGCAGUGUCUGAAAAGUGGAAGUGACCAAAGAAGUGGCUCUCCUGGCCGAGGCCCCGGUACAUGGAGAGAAGGAAGACAGCAGUCUCCUAAUUGGAACCAUAUACAUUAGAUGGAUGGUUUCUAGCCUGCUUCCAAACCCCACCUCGGCUGAGUGUUGGGCGGCCCUCCUGCACGAUCCUAUGACUCUUGAUAUGGACGCAGUCCUGUCAGACUUUGUUCGGUCCACGGGGGCAGAACCUGGUCUGGCCAGAGACCUGCUGGAAGGCAAAAACUGGGACCUCACGGCCGCUCUGAGUGACUAUGAGCAGCUCCGACAGGUGCACACAGCCAACCUUCCACCUGUGUUCAACGAGGGCAGGUGCCCCAAACAGCCUGAGCGAGAGCCACCCCCGCCCGGGCACACAGCCGAGCGGCCCUGCCUGCCCAGGCAGGACGACAUCGCCCAAGAGAAGCGGCUCUCGCGGGGGAUCUCCCACGCCAGCUCGGCCAUCGUGUCCUUGGCGCGGUCCCACGUGGCAAGUGAGUGCAGCAGCGAGCAGUUCCCUCUGGAGAUGCCCAUCUACACGUUCCAGCUUCCGGACCUGAGUGUGUACAGCGAGGACUUCCGGAGCUUCGUGGAACGGGACUUGAUCGAACAGGCGACCAUGGUGGCCCUGGAGCAGGCGGGUCGCCUGAAUUGGUGGUCCACCGUGUGCACGAGCUGUAAACGGCUUCUUCCUUUGGCCACGACCGGGGACGGGAACUGCCUUUUACAUGCUGCCUCACUGGGAAUGUGGGGGUUUCAUGACCGGGACCUGGUUUUGCGGAAAGCUCUCUACACCAUGAUGAGGACAGGGGCUGAGAGGGAGGCCCUGAAGCGAAGGUGGAGGUGGCAGCAGACACAGCAGAACAAGGAGUCAGGGCUGGUGUACACGGAGGAGGAGUGGGAGCGGGAAUGGACGGAGCUGCUGAAGCUGGCCUCCAGCGAGCCACGCACACACUUCAGCAAGAACGGCGGCUCAGGUGGGGGCAUGGACAAUGCCGAAGACCCUGUGUACGAGAGUCUGGAGGAGUUCCACGUUUUCGUCCUUGCCCACAUAUUAAGGAGACCCAUCGUCGUCGUAGCGGAUACGAUGCUGAGGGACUCAGGUGGGGAAGCAUUCGCUCCAAUCCCCUUCGGAGGGAUUUACCUGCCUUUGGAGGUACCUCCCAACAGAUGCCACUGCUCACCUCUGGUUCUGGCCUACGACCAAGCGCAUUUCUCUGCCCUUGUGUCCAUGGAGCAGAGAGACCAGCAGAGAGAACAAGCCGUGAUCCCCCUGACGGAUUCGGAGCACAGGUUGCUGCCUCUGCACUUUGCGGUGGACCCAGGGAAGGACUGGGAGUGGGGGAAAGACGACAAUGAUAAUGCCCGGCUGGCCCACCUGAUCCUGUCGCUAGAAGCCAAGUUAAACCUUCUGCACAGCUACAUGAAUGUGACGUGGAUCCGGAUCCCCUCGGAGACCAGGGCCCCUCUGGCGCAGCCGGAGUCCCCGACCGCCUCCGCGGGGGAAGACGUGCAGUCCCUGGCCGACUCGCUGGACUCGGACCGAGACUCCGUGUGCAGCAAUUCCAACAGCAAUAACGGCAAGAACGGCAAGGAGAAGGAGAAGCAGCGCAAAGACAAGGACAAGACCCGCGCGGACUCUGUGGCCAACAAGCUGGGCAGCUUCAGCAAGACACUGGGCAUCAAGCUGAAGAAGAACAUGGGUGGCCUGGGCGGCCUGGUGCACGGCAAGAUGAGCCGCGCCAACUCCGCCAACGGCAAGCACGGAGACGCGCCCGAGCGCAGCAAGGAGAAGAAGGCCAAGGCGCGAAAGGGCAGCAAGGAGGAGUCGGGCGCCUCGGCCAGUACGUCGCCCUCGGAGAAGACCACGCCGUCGCCCACGGACAAGGCGGCGGGCGCGUUGCCGGCCGACAAGGGCGGCGGGCCCCGCGGCGACGCCUGGAAGUACAGCACAGACGUGAAGCUGAGCCUCAACAUCCUGCGCGCCGCCAUGCAGGGCGAGCGCAAGUUCAUCUUCGCCGGCCUGCUGCUCACCAGCCACCGGCACCAGUUCCACGAGGAGAUGAUCGGUUACUACCUGACCAGCGCGCAGGAGCGCUUCAGCGCAGAGCAGGAGCAGCGGCGCCGCGACGCCGCCGCCGCCGCUGCUGCCGCCGCCGCCGCCGCCUCCACAGCCAAGCGGCCGCAGCGCAGGCCGGAGGCCGAGGGCGCGCCCGGCCCCGAACGCGCCUCGCCAGGCCCGCCGGCCGGGCAGCCCACGCAGCUGGUGCUCAAGCUCAAGGAGCGCCCAAGCCCCGGGCCCGGAACCGGCUCCCGGGCGGCACGGGCCGCGGCAGGCGGUUCGGCUUCCCCAGUCCCCGGCGGCAGCGCGCGGCGCGCGGGCGCCAGCGGACCGGUCCCCGGCCGCAGCCCCCCGGCGCUGGGGCGCCAGAGCGUCAUUCACGUGCAGGCGGCGGGCGCGCGGGACGAGCCGUGUGUCCCAGCUGUGGGAGCACUGCGGCCGUGCGCCACGUACCCGCAGCAGAACCGCUCGCUGUCAUCACAGAGCUACAGUCCGGCGCGCGCCGCCGCCUUGCGCACAGUCAACACGGUAGAGUCGCUGGCGCGCGCCGUCCCAGGAGCCCUGCCCGGGGCGGCGGGGGCGGCCGAGCCCAAGUCGCAGACCUACACCAACGGCUUCGGCGCGGCGCGCGACGGCCUGGAGUUCGCCGACGCCGACGCGCCGGCCGCGCGCUCGAACGGUGAGGGCGGCCGGGGCGGCCCGGGGGCGGGCCCCGCGCAGAGGCGCUGCCAGCGCGAGAACUGCGCGUUCUACGGGCGCGCCGAGACCGAGCACUACUGCUCCUACUGCUACCGCGAGGAGCUGCGGCGGCGGCGCGAGGCGCGCGCGGUCCGGCCCUGAGCGCACGGCCCGGCCCUGCCGCCGGGCUGUCCUCUCCAAGUUGUCGGUGUCUCCUCUGCGCCCUGGUCCACCGGGAGGCCGGCGAUCCUCUGUCCGUGCUGUGUACGUGUUUGGUCAAACGUUCCUAAUGGUGCCUGAACCUACACUGACGCCACUCAGGUAGUAGACGGAUAGGAAACAAGUCAUACUGUUGGAAGUGGGUGUGCUAGCUAGCAUCUGCCUCGUACCUGUGGAAACUCAAUAGCCAUUGCAAGGGUAUUUUUGUUCCUCGAUAAGAGAAAUAAAGAAAUUUGCAGCCCUUUGUUUUUAGAAGGGAGUGUUUUACAUGCCUUUUUUUUUUUUUUUUUUUUUUUUUGGCUUUUUUUUUUUUCCUAACCCGGCGACUGACCUCUUCCAUGUAGCGGUCACCUGCGUGCAAUCAUUGCCACCCAGGGUUUCGAGGCGAACGCGCGGCCCUGGGACCGCGGCGGCGGCUCUGCCUCGGGCUUCCACCUGUACCCUUCCGGGGCCCCUGGAGGACAGGGCGCUCGGCCGCCCGCUGGCGCCCUGGUGGUCUCUCUGGCCCCUUAGGAAUACGCGGCUCCAUCUCAUAAGCAAAACCUCCUCCCACAGCCCCCGGCUCGAGCGACACUCACACUGCCAUCUAAGCCACGGGCGUCUGUAGGCUGGGCACGGGACAAGCUACCUCGCGGGGCGCGGUGAUGUGUAGCGGUCGCUCCCGGUGCGGGGCAGCUCAGGUGACAGGAGCUUUCCAAAGACACCGUGGGGCCCGAGGGCAAGGUUCCGAACUCAAGAUUUGGAGUUGCCCAUAUAUGAGCAAAGAUGACAGCCUGAUCACAUUUCUCCUUCGAAGACCCUUCCCCAGUGAACUGUCGCCGGAGGGGCCCCUCGGAAGCUGCCAUCGGUGCCCCAGGAGAGAGGCGAGGACUUGGCCUUGCGGUCACUGUGUAACCCCCAACUAGGCCGCCCUGAAACGCGGCCCGCCCCUCUUUCCAGAGGGGAGGGACUGAGGGCCGCAGGGGAGGAAGCCCACCCCCACCUCCACCCGCAUCUGUCUGGGGUCAGCCAGGUGGAGGCGCACCGCUCCCGUCGGGGUCCCCUCCGCACGGUGGUUCCAGAACAUGUUAGGGGCAGCCCCAUCCCUAAGCGAUCCCUAUAUUGGUGCCUCCUUACAUUCCUUGAGGGAAAAAAAAAAAAUGUGUCCUUAGCUACCCUGUUCUGAGCAGCAAUAUGCAGCGUCUUCCUUCCAAGAUUACCUCUGGAGAAUACCGUUCUUGGCCAAGGACACCGAGGCGUUAAAUCUGCCUCUCUAAGGAAAUAUCUUGUUUCCAAGAAAUACAGAAAUGAUGGGUAAAAUCCUCACUAGCAAAAGAAUCCUUUAAAACCUGUGAGAGCCUUAGAAUAGCCUCUAAUAAUCCCAAGAAAGAGAGAAAGCGCCCAGCUUCGCUGGGGGUGUAUCUAAAGAAAACACGGGAGGCAGAUCAUCUCUUCAUUGGAGCCAGCUUCUCCUUCUCCAGAAAGGAAGCUUUUCCCCGACAAAAAGAGCAGCAAAAAAAAAAAAAAAAAAAAAAAAGAUUUUUUUUUUACUUGUUUGAAUUAUUAUAAUAAACUAAUUUGAAUAUCUCCUGUGAGUAAUUCAUUUUUGUUUUUAAUUAUCCACAGCAGGUGGAGUUUUCAGUCAUUUAUUCAAGUUUUACAUAAGUGGUUCCUUAAAAUUAUUUAUUAAAUAGGACCUUAAAUUUUUUGGAAGUUUUACUGUUCAUGCUAAACAAUACUUUCAAUGUGUGGUAAUCACUAACAUUCAUGUCCUUCAUAUUACUGGGGUUUCUUUUGUUGAAAGAAAAACAGUUUUUUUUAAAAAAUCUCUCAUCAAGAGGGUUUGUGGCAGCUUUUUGAACUGAUUCUUCACAUCAUGCUGACCAGCUGCUUUGCCGUCCAAAGCUGUGAGGUCACAGGAAAUAAAUACUGCUUCACAUGUAGACACCGGCUUCUGCCCUGCAUCUCACAGAAGGUGGAACAGCCAGCUUGGAAAGUUCUUCCCUGUGCAUUCAUAAACCAAACACAUAUGCACAACAAGUCAAGGCAGAAAGUAAUCUCGUGUUUGUUUUUUAAUUUUUUAACAUGAAAACAGCCAACCAGAAAUUUCCAAAACUGGCUAUGCAAAUAUUUUAUCUUUCUCAUGCUCUCCUCCAGGUUAAAAAAAAAAAAAGAGAGAGAGAAAGAAAAAAGGCAAACUGAGAUUUAAAAGUCUAUUUGUAGUACAAGAGGAAGAACCAGGCAGUGUAAUUUGUACGUAUUAUCAAAAACCAGUGAUCUGUUCUAGCUCCUCGAAUUUCAGUCACCUCUACCCUACCCCCAUCUGACAUUUGUGCCAUAAAUAAGCCUGAGAUCCAACCCCAACCCUUGCCCCCAGGCUCCUCCUCUCCCCCCAGAGUAGACGACCCCAGUGUCUCUCCAUGUGGUCACUAGCCGCUCCAUGUGCGGAGCACCUGUGGGUAUCGCUCCCUGAUGGAGGACAGGGUGCCCUUGGUCAGCAUUGUUUACAAACAGCCAUUUCCUCUUAUGAGAGAUCUGGAUCUAUCCUUCCUCUAAACAGUGUUUAAAACAGAAAGCCCACUGUUGCAUCAAAUGUGCUGGUCCAGCCCCUCCUUGUUCACAAGAGUUUUACCCCUCAUCCCUGGCCAGACAUCUCUUAGACCAAAUGAAUUCAUCAGGCUUCGCGAGAACCAUUAGAAACGGCUGUGUUUUUCACAUGUGGAUCAAGAGAUCCCUUAAUGUCCUUCUGUGACCUGGGGGCCCUUAGUGGAGUGGGGGAAAAGGAAGUGGGUUGGGGCACUAGAGAAAAGGAAAACAGCCAGUCUAUAUUCUAGAAAGGCCAUGAGCCCCACCAAGGCACAGGUCCUGGAUGCAAACAGGAUCCUGUGAGCUGUCUUCCCCUCCAACCUAGUCUGGCCAAACUUCCCUUUCUGGGAAUGUCGGACGUCUCUAAGUGACAGCAAAAUUCCAGAAGGAACCCCAGAUACUUCUAAACCCCAGUGGAGAUUAUUUUAGUCAUUUGCUUCACACUUUCUGCAUCUGCGUGACCUGGGUAUAUGAUUUUUUAAAACUAAUAUAUUGUGAAAGGAAGACGUUUUUAAGUGUAUUCUGUUUGUAGAUUUUAUGCUAUGUUGAUAUUUUACAAGCCAAGUUUAAACUGUACUAUAGAAAUUAUUUUUAUAUUAUUUUCAGAAUAUGCCACAGAGCAAUAUUUUGCACCCUUAUAUUGUCACGGGGUUGUCCCCUUGGAGGGCUAAAUUUAGGUUGGGUGGAGCUCCAGUGUGGGCUCUGGGGGAUAAAACACCUUCUGCUAUUUGUUCACAUCUGAUUUGAAAGUGGAACUGUGUGAAUGUCUCUUCCUUUUUCCACGGAAAGCUCGAUGCAUUUCCUGUUCCUGGAUUUUGUUACUGCACCUUUCCUCUUAAAUGAGUACUUUCUAUUCACUAAGUUACCGUGGACCUUUUUCUUACCUAUCACCACCCAGUGGCUCCAGUGGUGUUCCGAAAAGUUGGGAUGUAUUACUUUACAGACUUCAUGUUUUCCAGAGUGAUUUGAUGUGUUAAUUCUGGUAGCAUACCGUCAGGAAUUUAGUGACUCAAGAUCAAGGAGCACACCUCGGGGUGUGAAAUGUUCCUGGUGGUGCCCACUGUCUCUGAGGCGGGGUCGUGGCUACAUGACCCUCACCCCCUUGCUUAGCAACUACGAGCUUAUUUUGCAGACUAUUUUGCAGAAAUAAACUUAACUGAUCAAAAUAUAUUUCACGUUAGUUAAGAGAAAAAGGGCUGUACCCAUCAGUGGUGGGAAAUUUGUGCGAGGUUAAAAAAAAAGGCUUUGCCAAACCAUGUGUUUUAUUCUCUGUGUCUUUCAUGUUUACAAGAGAUGUGGAGUAAUGCGCGUUUGGGAGUGUUUCUUUUCUUUAGGAUAUGAGUCAGUUUUCCUCAUUGUGGUGUGGACUUUACAAAUUAAGGGCCUCGAGUGCUUUUUUUCUUUUUCUUUCUUCUGAUGCUUCUAAUAAAUAAGAAGAGAACAUGUGUCAUGGUUGAUCAGGCCCUGCCUCAUCAGACCUUGCCUGCUGUGACAUUGCCUCCAUUCACAGUCUGAUUCUGCUGUCACCUGAGCGCUGGCAUGUUCAGGAGAGGGCCCUGCAGUGAUUGGCAGCCCUGACACCAGGGAACAGGUGCCCCCUUCGAAAAAGCCUUAAAGCGGUGGCUCUCUGGAGACCUCCGGGCCACACCUUGCACUUCAGUCCUAACUGUAAACUCUCUUUGCUGCUGGAACUGGCUGCUUUGAUGGGGGGCUCCAGGGUGAUGAGGGGCACCCAGCUUCAUUCUUGUUUCAGUCACGUCCCCCCAAUCCACUCUCCGGUGGGGGUCCUGGUUCCCUAGAGCAUGGUUCUAAUGAUGGGUCUGCUGAUAUGGGGGUGAGUCUAGGGUUCUUCAUCCCAGGCACCCCCCAGUUGGGAAAAGUUUCAUGAUUGUUCUGAGCAAUGUGCAAAACUGUCUGUUCAUAGUUAUGCAGGUAGCUUUGUUCCCCCAAACCAGUGCUUUCUCUUCACUCCACGCCCCCCAGCAGAGAAUAGAGGGGGGGCUGCCCUACAUGGACCCCUCGGGAAUAAAUGUGUGUGUAGUUUGUGCAGUGUCAAGAUGCCAAGCUCCCCCCCAUCCCGCUGUCCGCCACCCGGCUGACUUGGUACAUACAUCACCCAAGGAAUAGCAUAGAAACCAGAAUCUCUUAAAUAAAGCUAGCAAUAUUACUAUUUCUGUUUAUUUUGUAAAAUAAUUUGCUGAAAUUUUCAGUUUUGCUACUUGAUGAUUGCAAAAACAAAGUUCUACCAACCCUAAUUAGUGUACACAAAGUGCCCAUUGCUUAUCCUUUUUCAUUCUUUCAAGAAAACAUCUCAAGAGUACGAAAAGACAUACACACACACUCAGUUCUUUAACAUAGGAUAGGGGUUACCACUACUUUUUAAAAUAUAGGCUGAAUAUGCUCAAGACGAAACUAGCCCAUUUAUUUUAAAGAGGAUAAAUUAGUGGAGCCAGUUCCUUGAGAACGUCUAUGAUAGCACAGACGCUGAAAGGUGACUUUAAAUGAAGGGAUAACCAGGUCCUUACAAAGACCACUCCCACCCCCGUACUUCUCCAACCUCUGCCCCAAUGACCCAAGCCUGCCUCAGGGCCUUUGCAUAUGACCUUCUGCCUGGCAUGUCCUCCGCUGACACCCAUCCUCAGCCACAUGUCUCACCCUUCACUAUCUGCCAGUCUUUGCACCAAUGUCACCUCUCAAGGAGGCCUUCCCCGACUUCUUUAUUUAAUAAGCCAACACAUCCCACCCUCCUGCUGCCCAUUUAUCGCCACUUGAAGGCUGCAUGUAAAUUAUCCAUUCAUUCAUUCAUUGUAUGCCUCCCUCCAGCUCCAUAACAUGUAAGCUCCACGUGGGCAGGAAUUUUUUGUAUGUUUUGCUCAUUGCUGUACCCCUGGUGCCUACAACAGCACCUGAUAUGUAUUCGAUGCUGGAGAAAUACUUGUUGAAAAAAGAUAAUGAAAUCAAUCAUUUGACAGCUUUUAAAAACCCUACAAGUAUCAGUUUCAGUCUUUAUCAAAUAGAGAUUCUAUUCUUGCCCCUAAAUGGGGAGAAUUUUAGCUGAUAAGGCAGCCUAUGGUUCAUGAAGACCAGAUGCGGCAGUGAGUACCAGAUCUGAUGGUGGCAAGUAUGCCAUAUAAAAACGCCUGCCCCAGUGGCCCUCCCUCACAGGGAAGGGACUCUGCUGUUGACAGAGGACCCUUUGGGAUAGGCUGAGGUGUGGACAGUUUCCUCUAGGGCAGCUCUCAUGAUCUUGCCCCCUCCAUGAGGUCAUCGUGGGCCUGGACCAUUCUGGAGAGGCCCUUAUGAUGGGUCCUUAGGAUGCCGUGCCUUCAGUGUCUCCAGGGAGACAGGCCUUCCUUCCUUCCUAGAGCAAACUCGGUGGCAGCAGAUGAUUCAGCCAGGAAAGGGAGACAGCCCGACCACGAGCAGGACUCAUUCUCAUGUCACCAGAAGCAGGCCUGCAGAAGAAGGAGAUGAAGGGGACUGUACUGACAAAGCUGGGGGCCCCCGGUUGCCCCCUUGGUCAUGGGUGUGUCUGUGAUGCAUGGGGCAGAGCCCAGCCAUUGCAGAGCCAAGCAACACAAAAUCUUUGGGCCCAGCUCCCUGGUGGCCUCGCCCACAGGUGGGGGAGGGAUGCUUCCCCUUCCACACUAUCUGUCCUCUCCUGGCUGAUCGUCCCAAAUACCUGACCUUGGUGUUUACUUCUAGGUCCUUUGACCAAUUGUGUUUUCCUCUAAGAGUUGUUGGCAAAAUACUGUUACAAGCUUCUUAUAGGACCCUUUUCCUACGGGGCCUGGUUAAAAAACCUUUGUCCUUCUCUUCUUCCCUUCCUGUGGUUUUGAUGUCAUUUCUCUGGGUGCCAUACUUUAGGGUCCCUCAUUUUGGGGGGUAAGAGCUCCCUCAUAGCACUCCCUCGGCAGCUGCCCAGCAGACGGUGAGUGGGCCCACACAAGUGUGUCCCUCUGCUUGAAUUGCCAAACAAGCUUCCUCUCACUGCUGCCCUGACAGAUGGGGCAGGAUGAGGGGGUGGUCCUGCCAGUCCUCAGAGAGGGCAAGCUUUCCAGGGCUGCCCCCUCGGACCUCACAAAUUUUUCUCCAAGGCAGGAGAGCCCUGCAGCCCAGCCAGUUUUUCCCAUCUACCUGGAAUGGAACCCAAACACCUGCCUUGGAGUAAUGAUUUGGCAGGUGGGAGAGGGGCAGCUUGUCCCAUUAACUUGUGACCAAAACUAGAGCACAGUUGGAGAUGGACCGUGGCCCAGAGUCCACAAGGCAAACACCACCUCCCAGAGCCAGUCAUCAUUCAACAUCCUGAGCAAGCCCUGGGCCCUCCACCAGCCACGGAGCCCUUAGAACCACAAGGGUCUUCCCUGGGUCUACACUCGGAGCCUGAACCCCGCUCACCCUCAGCUUUGACCAGCGGUCUCAUUUUAACCGAUGGGUGUUGAUGUGUAAUUGCUUGGUUCCUUCUCAUAUGCACUGGCAAGUGAAUGUAGUUUCUCUGUUUCUUUCCCUUCCUUUUUUCUUUCACCCGUUCAUUUGACUGAUUUGGGGAUGAUAUACAUUACUUUGUUUCCCCGGUUUACUUAUUACCAAGGAGGAAAGAAAACACUGAGGCAGAAAGGGGUCAGAAACCUUGUUACCUUGACCAAGUCGUCCUGGGCCCCUUUCUACCUGCAAGUGUUCCUUCUGAUUCAAUGCAAAUAUUCUUUUUCCAUCUUGGUCCAUCCAUGGAGAAGCAACCCAUUGUAAGAGCUUGUCUUUGGUGGUUGGGUUGUUACUUUGUAAAGUAUUAAAGCACUAAACCAAUUUUUGCAAUAUGUAGUAAAUCUUGCUUUCAUUUUGGAAAACUUCCAGUAAUGACUACUACUGCACUUUUUAUAGAAGAACUGUAUUUCAUUUCUUUCUUUUAUGAAAGAUUAUUUCAAGUAACAAUAGCUCUGUAAUCUGUGUGAUACGGCUUCUCCAUUACUUGACAUGGAGAGAAGCUUUGAUGCCUACUCAAUAAAAUUAACAUGUUUGUAAAGCA